AUGCCGAGCUCAUGUAGAGAUAUCCGCACGGCACUGGCAGAAUGCCUCCAAGAAUCAGACUGUAUCAUGGUGCAGCGCAAUUCGCCUCAUGAUUGCCUCCGACCGCCUCUCUCCGAUGAUUUGCCCACGCGCUGUCAGCAAUUGAUGAAAGCUCUUACGGAUUGCAAACGAGGCUUGGUCGACAUGCGCAAACGAUUCCGCGGCAACGCGCCGAUUUCCGUGUCCAGAGAGGCCGAGGGCGGAAAAUCGCAGACGCCAGAUCAAUUAUAUGCAGGCAAACCGGCGUUUUCGUCUGUCAAGGAAACGAGUGGUAACGAGGCCGAGAUGGAUCCUGACAAGACUAGAGGUUUAUAA